AUGUACCGGGGCUCCUUCGCACCGCCGCCCGCGCAGUCGCCGCCUCUGCAUCACCCUGUUCCGCAGCAUGUGUCGACUGUCCCGAUGAUGCGCUCACCACCCCCUCCCUCCUCUCAACAGAUACCGAAUGCCGGGUAUGGCGGUGGAGGUAACCCAUACCAGCCGUCUCCCGCACAGGGAGGCAGUGGCAGCUAUGCCCCCGGAUUUGGUGGGUUCAUAAACGACCCUACGGCGCAGAUGGGUUUCCAGGUCGGACAGACUGCGAUGAAGGCCGGUCAGGAGUAUAUGGAGCAAAAUUUCAACCGCUACGUUUCUAUUCCUGCCCUGAAGCACUACUUCAACGUCUCCAACUCGUACGUCUUGAGGAAACUCGCUCUCGUCCUCUUCCCAUGGCGACACAAGCCCUGGUCUCGCCAACAGGCCAGAAUGGCCGGUAAUCCCACGGGGCCGAACGGUCAGAUUGUCCAGCAGCAAUAUUCUUCCAUGUUCCUGCCCCCGCGGGACGACCUCAACUCGCCUGACAUGUACAUUCCCGUUAUGGCACUCGUCACAUACAUCCUGCUAUCGGUAUUGCUGGCUGGCUUCCGGGGUAACUUCCACCCGGAGCUUCUAGGAUCGAUCACCACCACGGCCAUUGCCGUGAUUAUCUUCGAGAUCUUGUGCUUGAAGAUGGCCAUGUACAUCCUGAGCAUCAACAACGAUUCUCAGCUCCUGGACUUGGUCGCUUACUCCGGAUACAAGUUUGUGGGCAUUAUUGUGACUCUGGUUGCCUCCGAAAUCCUGACUCCCGGACAUGGAACCGGUGGCUGGGUCGGCUGGACUGUCUUUGUGUACACCUUUUUGGCCAAUGCCUUCUUCUUGCUCCGCUCAUUGAAGUACGUCUUGCUUCCCGACUCGACUGAUUCGACUAUGCGCAACGGUGCUAUGCACACCGUGGCUCGCUCGCAGCGCAACCGUCGCACUCAGUUCCUGUUCGUGUACGCAUAUCUCAUCCAGUUCGUCUUUAUGUGGGUGCUGAGCCGGGAGGGCCCGUCCACGCUGGGUGCGAGCGCCAGCUCAUGA